CCAGUAGAAUGUCCCAGGCAGAAGUCUAUUUUAGUGAGGCAUUCACAUGGGCGUAAGAACCUAUAAAUCUGAAUGAUUUUCCUCUAUCCACCUCCAGCUAGUUGACUUUUGUCAGCUUGACUUUUCUUCCUCAAAAAGAAACAGGACUCACAAGGACAAAUGGCUGAUGGGCAAGUGAUGCUACAAAUGAAAUAAAUAUGAACAUUUGACAGUUCUAUUAAAAUAGUUUUUACAUUUAAGUAACUUCUUGCCAUCUUUCUUUUUUUCUCCUCAACAGACCGGUAAGUUUCAAAAUAUUCAAACAAAUCAUGAUCUUUGUAUUAUAUUUUUCUUAUUUGCACUUGUAUACCCUUCACUAUACCCCCAUCUGAGUCAGAAAGGAAAACAUGGCUUAAUCUUUUAAACCCCCAGCACAGUCAGAUACCAUUACUGUGAGGGGAAAAAAACAUGCAGUGCUUCCUAAAAACAAUGACAAGAAUCACAUUAAACUAGUACUUUUCCAAAAACAAAAAACUAGUGACCAGAAACUUGGUAAAACUAGAAUAAACACUGGUAGCACUUUUCUAAGAUGGAGAAAGUGAUUACUGAAAUGGGAUUGAAGUUAGACAUGGAAGCAAAGUUAGCAACGUACCUCUUGAACGUGUAUGUACAUGCAAUCUGUAUAAGGCACUGAUACCUUUACCACUUACAGAGCGAGGUAAGGUAAUGCUUUGGAUGAACCAAAAGUAUGUAAUGCUAGCUGACUCCUGUGCUGCUAAUACUGCUAACUAGCUAGCAUGAUCAGCUGGAAAACUCAUAGGAGCUAAUUACAAAAAAAGGACCACAAAGGCACUCUUGACUAUUUUCACAAAUCAGUAUGAGCCAAGUUUCAUUUGUGUACAGUGCUAUAACUUGGAUAUCAAGCAGUUGAAUGGGGAAGUGAGCAAAGCCACAUGUUAUGCUAAAAUGCUAACACCAUCAGCCACCUAAUUGCUGGCCAUCAGAGAUUCUGGGAAUGUACCUUUGUGUACAUGAGGGGAAAUGGGAGGUGAGUUUAAUAAAUAAGAAAAAGAAGUUUCAGUGUUGUACUUUGACUACUUAAGCACUAGGGCACCACUUUUCACUAAAUCUUAAUCCUAUCACUAAUCACCUUUAAUGCAUGUGUACAAAACAGUAAUGGAUAAAUGAGGUUCGAAAUAAUUGUAACAUUUUGUCCAAUCCAUAUCAUAUUGAAUAUGUGUCUUAUGAAUCCCUCAGAAAAAGUCCAAGAUUUCCUCAGGACGUCGGCUUGGGUUGAAGAUAAAGAUGCUAAACACAGCCCAGGAGAUGCUCAUAGUAGAGCAGGAAGAAAAAAGGAAAGAGAAAGAGGUCACAAUGAGUGAGAGGGUUCCACCUCUAAAGCUCUCGGGUCUGUCUGUCCAGGAACUGCAGGAUCUUUGCAGGGAUCUACAUCACAAGAUUGAUGUAAUUGAUGAGGAGCGCUACGAUACGGAAGUUAAGGUGUCCAAAAAUGAAAAAGAGAUACAGGAAAUGACUCAUAAGAUCAUCGAGCUGAAGGGCAAAAUGAAGAGGCCUACGCUGAAGAGAGUUAAGAUCUCGGCCGAGGCUAUGCUCAGUGUCCUCCUGGGGGCCAAACACAAAGAGUCCAUCGACUUCAAAGCCAAUCUGAAAACAGUGAAGAAGGAGGAGGAGAAGAAAGAGGAGGUGACUGACUGGCGUAAGAACGUGGAGGCCAUGUCUGGUAUGGAAGGCAGGAAGAAGCUGUUUGAUGCUGGUAAAUAAAAGGGCACUGAUGAACUCAAUAUUUAGUGUCUGAUACUUGGCUUCUGACUGAGAGCUACAUGAAGAUGAUGAUUGAAAAAAAAUUGCUGAAGGUUUUCAUCAAAAUUAGAGUAUGAUGAUCCUAAGUAUUGACUUCUAUUGUGAUGUGAAAUAGCAUUAUGAAUUUUUUUUCUUACCUUAUUUUCUAAGGCAUGCUUUUAGAGAACAGUAAUAAUUAUUUGUAUAACAUGCUUUAUAAAUGUUGGAAUUGUAUAUGGAGAUUAAAAGUGUAUUAAAUGUAAAAAUGCAUGUGUGUGAUGCUAUCUGAUGUUCUUGUAAACUAGACACUGCAGUUCCUGUUUGAACCUAAUGGUGGUGGCCUAAUCCCACUGAGUAAAUCCAGCAGCGUGUUAGAGUCCGGUGCCUCUCAAUGUUCUGUUAAGAAACUAACAUACAUGUAACAUACAUGUACUUGAACUUGAACAUUUAAUUUUGUUAGAAAUCAUGUUAGAACACUUCUAAUAUAAUUGAAUUUAAUGUUCAAGACUAAAGUGAAUUGUUUAACCUUGUAAUUAAAAUCUCCUGCUUUUA